UCAUCACGUAUAGCAAAAGAUCUCUUUUUCUCUUUCUACGUAUACCAAGUGUGUAUUCUUUACAAGUAUCAAAUUUUAUCUAGGCGUUUUUUUCACAUUAAAUAUUUUCAUAUUAACUAUAUAUGAAUACGUAGCGUAUUGGUUGUCAUCAUCCAUCAAUCAAUCAAUCAAUCAUUUGGUCGAUUUUAAAUUAAAAUAUUUUUUCAAAAAAAACAAAACAAAAAGAUGGCCUGGACUAAAUAUCAAUUAUUUUUGGCUGGAUUAAUGAUUGUUACCGGAUCGAUUAAUACAUUAGCUACCAAAUGGGCAGAUGAUAGUAAAUCAAAAGGUCGUGAUGGUAAAAUAAAAAAAUUUAAUCAUCCAUUUUUACAAGCGGCGGCUAUGUUUUUUGGUGAAUUUCUUUGUUUCUUGGUAUAUAAAUUAAUGUAUCAUUAUUAUAUGCGACGUAAUAAUAAUGAUGCUGAACAAUUACCCGAAUCGAUUAAAGGAAAUAGAAAUUUUAAUCCAUUUAUAUUUAUGAUACCAGCAUUAUGUGAUUUAACCGCUACAUCAGUCAUGUAUAUUGGUUUAAAUAUGACUAGUUCAUCAAGUUUUCAAAUGUUACGUGGUGCAUUAAUCAUAUUUACCGGAUUGUUUUCCAUAAUAUUUCUUAAACGACGUCUUCGAUUAUAUCAUUGGUUUGGAAUGUUUUUAGUUAUUGGUGGUUUAAUUAUUGUCGGUUUAAGUGAUAUGUUAUCUAAAAAUGAAAAUAAUUCAACAAUUGGUGAUAUACUUAUUAUAUUGGCACAAAUUGUUGUUGCAACACAAAUGAUUGUUGAAGAAAAAUAUGUUUCCGGUUCAAAUGUAUCACCAUUACAGGCGGUUGGUUGGGAAGGUUUAUUCGGUUUUGUUAUAUUAUCCAUACUAUUAGUACCAAUGUAUUUUAUUAAAAUCAAAGGUGAAAUGUUUAGUACAAAUCCUGAUAAUCAAAUUGAAGAUGCUAUCGAUGGUUUUUAUCAAAUUUUUAAUAGCUGGGAAGUUGCAAGUGGUAUAUCCGGAACAAUUUUAAGUAUUGCAUUCUUUAAUUUUGCUGGCAUAUCUGUUACAAAACAAUUAUCAGCUACAACACGUACCGUAUUGGAUUCAGUUCGAACAAUUAUCAUAUGGAUAUUUAGUUUGGCAAUAAGAGUAGAAGAUUUUUCUUUUUAUAAAUUGGGUGGAUUUUUUGUAUUACUUAUCGGUAUGGCUAUCUAUAAUAGUGUAUUCAAUGGAUUAUUUUGUAAACAUAAUUCUGAAACAUUAGUUAUUAAUGAUGAAGAAGGUGAAGAAGCUGAUGCUACAUAUUCACAAGAUAUUAUUUCCUGAUUUAUUGAUCUUUUUAUAUUUUUUUUAUUUUUUUCAUCAACUACAAUUGAUUAAUGUAAAUCUUAUUUUUGUCAUAACUGUCAUUUUUAUAAUGAUAAUGAUGAUGAUGUGAUUAUU